UUUACAGGUAAAAUAAACAUUCAACACCAAGCUGUGUUUAAAAUGACACGUUUCAUUAUACCCGUUGUUUUACUGAUUGUCCACACUGUAGUGUUGGAUGUUGCAGCAGCUCCUUCAGAGAUUGGGCCAGCCUUCAUUGAAUCAGGAUCAGGUCAGCGACUGACACGGGCUACCUGUGACCUGACCAGUUUCGAGUUACCUGGGUUCGCUAUCCACCACGCGUUGUGUGCGGCACACUGCCUCGUUAUGGGCAGAGGAUUCCGCGGCGGCAGCUGCAUCAACGGUGUCUGCCACUGUCGCAAAUAAUCAUGUAAAACGCCUUAUUCUGAAAAUAAAGCUAUGUAGAAACAGGUA